UUGGACUGAAAGCAUUGCUUAGUCAGUUGUUUGUUUGCCAUCAAGAAGAACGCAAUGCAAGCCAGUCUACUGCCCAGUCUCUGCCUAAUCCUGGCUAGCAUUCUGCUAAUGCAGAUGGGCCAAGGUCAAGCCAAACCUUUAGACGUAGAUAUACCCAGUCUGGAUGCCAACGAGUUGGAUACGGAUUUCGAUGAGGAUGUCACGGACAAGCCAUUGGGUAUUGUUUCCAUCAAAGUGCGACACAUUCAGACCGAUGCCGAUCUGUGCCAGCAGCUGUCGCGUUAUCCGCCACAUCAUCCACAGUGCCAUAGCUAUUGCAAGCGGCAAGGUCAUUGGCUGGGACAGUGCAAGAAGGAAACCUGCCAUUGUUUCUCAUAGGUGGCGCUGUACUUUGUUUGGGUGUAAGGAGAGGUUUUUUUUUUUACUAAUUGAUUAAAUGUUAUAAAAAUAUUUGAUAUUUAUAUUAUUAAAUAUGAAAAUGUUAGUUUUUAAUGUGUACUUUGAUGGUUUUUAAAUGUUUUUUUUUUAAAUAUUUUUUUAAUGUUUUUU